GGGGGAGGUGGGGUGGGCUGUCCUGCGGCCCUGCAGAGGUCUGAUGGGUUUGUAGACCUUUUCAAGCUUACAGCUGGAGAGGGCUGGGUGUUGGGAAUCUUUUGGGGAUGGAGGGCUCUGUCAUGACUGUGGCUGACCACAAUGUGCUUGUGUGGAGAGAGCAGAGCGGCGCUGGUGGGGAUGCAGCUAGCAGAUGUGCUGCUGGCACCACGGGCAUGCUAUAGGGGAAGGGCAGUGGACACAGCCGUCCGUCCUGACAUUAUUGCUGCACGCCUAAAAAUCAUACACUAGGAAUCUGGCCACACUGCGUUCUCUAUUACUUGGAGAGGGAAGGAGGGCUCAGAGGCACAUCAAGAGGGCUGUUCAAGCCAUCGAGGAUGCAGAAACCACCCUUAGGUGCUUAACACCCUCCAUCAACAGGAGAUUUGCAUCCCACGAAGUGCUGAGUUACGUUUGGCAGAUACAAUGGAGAGGCCUUCCUUGGAAAUUAACCUGCCUGAUGCUCAUGAAGAAGGAAAACUUUAUGUAGUUGAUUCCUUAAACAACCUAAACAAACUAAAUGUUUGUCCAGAUGGGUCCCAACAUGUGCCAGAUGAGGAAGAGAACACUGGUGAUACUGGAGAAAACAUGGCAGGGAGCAACGUAAGAAACCAGUGUCUGUUCUUCAUCGUCUUCAUUCUUUCUCUGAUCGUCAGUUUGGCACUUGUUUCAUUCGUAAUAUUCUUAAUAAUUCAAACUAGGAACAAGAUGGACCAAAUAUCAAGCAGACUAAUAUCUGAAAAGAAGAACAUAGAAGAGCUUAAGAAAAUGAACAAGAUGAUAUUAAAGCAUCUAAAUCAAUCACAAAUUAAGGAAAAGGGGAGAUAUCUCUUCACACAGUCUCCUGAUCUUCAUGAUUACCUCUUUACCCAUGCUGAGCUGAAAGUCCCUGGAGAAUAGAUCGCUGGAAUUAAAUUCAGCAUAUUUAUGUACUCAGAUGGCACACAGGUUACUUAAACAUUCUGACAUGGCCACAGGAGCACUGGAAAACCCAGCUGAAUUAAAAGUAUUAGAAAAUAGAUUUUAUCCUGUUUUGUGUGCAUAUAGAAUUUUAAAACUAUGCCCAUACAAUUUACGAUAAUGCAUUGUCAACUAUUUUUAGGCAAGAGUUCCAGGUUCUCUGUGCACUGUAAAUUGCAGGGCUAAGGGCUCAGUUUUGGUUUAAACCAGGGGUCCUCAAACUACGGCCCACGGGCCGGGUACGGCCCCCCAGGGUCCUCAAUCUGGCCCCCGGUAUUUACAGACACCCCCGCCGGGGGCUGGGGGGAAACCAAGCAGCCGCAGGUGACUGCCUGCCACUGCAUCCGCGCGCCGGCCCCCUGGUUAAAAAGUUUGAGGACCCCUACUCUAAAUGUAAGUAAAUGAUCACAGAAAACAGUGAUUUCAAUUCCCAUGAUUCCAGCCCGACCUUGUGCACUUAGUCACUCUCCUGUUUCUUUGGAACAAGUUUUGUGUUUGCUUCUGUAUUAUUUGUAUUUAAGGAUAACUUCAGAUUCCGUAACUUAUAAAUAAAUCCAGUUCUGCCAUGGA